CUUUUCUCGCAAGCUUCACUAAAUUCUCUUUUUCAAAAUUUCAACUUCCUAUAAAAUCAAUACCCUUUGGGCUUUUCCCCCUAAACUCAACAACUCAAGAAAUGGCGAGCAACAUGAAAGUUGACGAACUUCGAGCCGAACUCUCCAAACGCGACCUUGACACUUCCGGUACUAAACCCACUUUGGUGAAGAGGUUGGAAUCAGCUCUUCGCAAAGAAACCAAGCAAUUGGCGGCGAAAGAUGAGUCUGGUUCGACGAAGAAGAGAGACAGAGAGAAUGAUGAUUCAAAGGAAAUUGGAAAUGUUGUUGAUGAAAUUGGUGAAAUUGAGAGGUUUCAAGGGAUGACUGUUCAGAAAUUGCGCAAAGAAGCUUCAAUUAGAGGACUUUCUACUAGUGGAACUAAGAAGGAGCUUGUUCAAAGGCUUUGUGAUUCUUCUGCUGUUGAUGGAAUUGGUAAAGGAGAAGGAGAAAAACAAGACGAAAAAGUGGUAGAAGAGGUUAAGAAUGAAGAUGAAAUCAAUGAUGAAUCAAAGGAAAUUGGAACUGGAUCUGAUGAAAUUAGCGCAUUUAAGAAGUUACAAGGGAUGAGUAUUCAGAAAUUGCGCAAAGAAGCUUCUAUUAGAGGAGUUUCCAGUAGUGGAACCAAGAAGGAGCUUGUUCAAAGGCUUUGUGACUCUGAUGCUAUUGAUGGAUAUGCUAAAGGAGGAGAAGGAGAAGAAGAUAAUCAAGACAAAAAGGUGGUAGAGGAGGUUAAGAAGGAAAAGCUGGUGAAAGCAACAAAGAAAGGUUCAGCUGUCUUGGAUCAAUGGCUUCCAGACCAUAUAAAAAGUUCAUAUCAUGUUUUGGAAAUGGGUGACGCGAUUUAUGAUGCCAUGUUGAACCAGACCAAUGUAGGGGAUAACAACAACAAGUUUUAUAUGAUUCAAGUUCUCGAAGUUGAUGGUGGUGGCACAUACAUGGUUUACAAUAGAUGGGGUAGAGUUGGUGUGAAGGGUCAAGAUAAGCUGUUUGGUCCCUAUUCAUGUCGGGAAACUGCUAUACAAGAGUUUGAGCAGAAGUUCUUGGCCAAGACGAAAAAUUAUUGGUCCAAUAGAAAAGUUUUUGUUUCUUACCCAAAGUGCUACACUUGGUUGGAAAUGGAUUACAGUGAAAAGGAUCAGGACCAAGAAAAGCCUUCAUCUUCUUGUACAAACAUUCAGCCUCAGGAAAGCAAACUUGAGCCACGUAUUGCGAAGUUCAUUUCUCUUAUAUGUAAUAUCAGCAUGAUGAGGCAGCAGAUGAUGGAAAUAGGAUACAAUGCCGAGAAAUUGCCUCUUGGGAAGUUAAGCAAGUCCACAAUUUUAAAGGGUUAUGAUGUUUUGAAGAGGCUUUCUGAUGUCAUUGGCCAAUCAGACAGAAAGCUAGUUGAGCAAUUAAGUGGGGAAUUCUAUACAGUCAUUCCUCAUGAUUUUGGCUUUAAGAAGAUGCGUGAGUUUGUCAUUGACACGCCUCAAAAAUUGAAAAGCAAACUAGAAAUGGUCGAGGCAUUGAGUGAAAUUGAGCUCGCGACAAAAUUGUUGAGUGAUGAUGUGGGAAUGCAGGAUGAUCUCUUGUAUGCUCAGUAUGGACGACUUAAUUGUGAAUUGAUGCCUGUAGAAGUUGAUUCAGAAGAAUUCUCCAUGAUCCAGAAGUAUACAAAGAAUACUCAUGCCAAAACACAUUCAAAUUAUACUGUAGAUAUUAAUCAAGUAUUUAGAGUGUCAAGAGGGGGAGAAAAUGAACAGUUCAAAAAGUUUGCAAGUACAAAAAAUAGGAUGCUUUUGUGGCAUGGUUCUCGGCUAACUAACUGGACGGGAAUUUUAUCUCAAGGGUUGCGCAUUGCUCCACCUGAAGCACCUGUAACAGGAUAUAUGUUUGGCAAAGGAGUCUAUUUUGCUGAUAUGUUCUCCAAGAGUGCAAAUUACUGCUAUUCCAGUUCCAGUGCUCCUACUGGCGUUCUACUUCUGUGCGAGGUGGCACUGGGUGAGAUGGAGGAACUACUUCACUCAAACUACAGUGCAGAUAAAUUACCAGCAGGGAAGCUAAGCACGAAAGGAGUUGGUUCAACUGCACCAGAUAUGUCUGAGGCCCAGGUGCUGGACGAUGGUGUCGUUGUCCCCUCUGGAAAGCCAGUACAGAAGAAAGAUGCCAAGGGAAGUCUACUGUACAACGAGUACAUAGUUUACAACGUAGAUCAGAUAAGAAUGCGAUAUGUUAUUCAAGUCAAAUUCAACCAUAACCGGUGAGGAGCUUCAAGAUUGGAUAUGUCAUAUGUAGUACAAGAUAAGAAUGUGCUGUGUUAAUUGUUAUCUUCAUUUUUGGAAAGAGGAUCUCAGAACGAUGACCACUUGAAUACACUACUGUCUGAAGACUGAAAGAUCUGCUAUUUUGCAAUGCGCGCAUGUAAAAAUGUAGUUUGAUCAGAAACGUAUAAAUGUUGAAUGGACAGUUUAACGGGCAACCCUAACUACCCUGUAACCGAUUUUCAAGUCUCAUGUACAGUGUAGUUGAAAAGCUUGUUUAUGUUAGUAAGACUUAUUAUAAUUA